UUUUCAAGCAGAAUCAGAAAUGAGUUUCUGAAACAGGAUGAAAAUGAUAGCAUUCAACAAUUAUAGUCAUUAUUAAUAUAAUAUAUUCUGACCUUCCCAUCUAGAUGGAGAUAUGCCCAGCUGAUCUUAUAAAUAGGAAGGUGUUGUUCAAGGAUUAUCACUAAGAGCUCAUAUAUAGCUCCAGUCUGAUUUGUUGGGGCGAAAUAUUAUUAUAUAUUCCUGCUAAAUGGGCAGAUCUCCUAGUCCCAGCGACGAAUGUGUAAAGAAAGGGCCAUGGACUCCAGAAGAGGAUAAAAUAUUGAUGGACUAUAUUCGCGAAAAUGGAGGGCACGGAAGCUGGAGAGCACUUCCCAAGCUAGCUGGUUUGAACAGGUGCGGUAAGAGCUGCAGGCUGAGGUGGACUAAUUAUCUGAGGCCUGAUAUUAAGAGAGGUAAGUUCUCAGAUGAAGAAGAGCGGAUGAUCAUCAACCUACAUUCGGCAAUUGGAAACAAGUGGUCCCAAAUUGCUGCUCAUCUUCCAGGAAGGACUGACAACGAGAUCAAGAACUUCUGGAAUACCCAUGUCAGAAAGAAGCUUGUCAACAGUGGCAUUGAUCCCAAAACACAUGAACCUCUGAUAAUUAACCAUCUCAAUAGUUUUCUAGCUAAUUACUCACAGUUGCUAUCGUCCCCCUCAAACUUAUCCAACUUAGUGAUCGCAAAUCCUCUGGAAAGUGCACUCGCUGGCCUGAGAUCAUUCCUUCCUCAACCUGCACCCAAUAUCCAACUCUUGCAAAACUUAUGGCAGAUCGUAAAUUGUACCAAUCCACUCCCAAAUGCCAUUCAAAAAAAUAGUCUCUUACAAUCCUCUUUGCUAUCCAAAUGCAGUGGCCUUAAAAAUAUUGGAAGCAGUGUUACUGAUAACCAAAAUUCAUUUACCUACGCAAACACGAAUGUCCAUCCUCAAAGGUUAGGUGAAGAUUUUGCCAACAACAACUCAUCCGAGUUCCACAUAAUAGGCGGAUUAAGGCAAGAAUUUUCUCAUAAAGACGCAAUUAGAAACAGUUCUCAGAAGGAAAACAUGCUUCCUUCACUAGUUUCAGCAACUGAUACCGGGUCUUCUGGUGUCACUCAAAUGAAUGAAGCUCGUUUCUCGACUGAAACAGCAGCUGCCUCAAAUAUGUUUGGAAAUUGGGAAGAGCGACUGGAUGACGAAGAUUGGGGUAAUGACUUCUGGGAAGAUCUGAUAAAAGAUCUCUAGGGUUUAUGAACGUAAUUUUACAUAUUCAUUACCAUUGAAAGGAUGUUAUGUGCCUAGUGAAUCUAAUUUCAUCAAUUUCAUUAAUAUGUUUACCAAAUUAAAAUUACCACAUGCAGAUGUGAGAUGUAUAAAAUAACACAAAUUCAAUAUAUGCAUAUGUGAGGAGUUUCUGGAAGAACAGA